CCCCAUUCCAUCCAUCCAGUGAUAUGGACAGUGAAGUCAAAUUCGAUGAGAACGGAGAUGGGAUUGGUCGUUACAAUGUCUUCAACUUCCAGAAGAUUGCAGGAAAAUACACCUACAUCAAGGUUGGCCAGUGGGCAAAGUCCUUGUCUCUGAACACGGCCCUGAUUCACUGGCCCAGACGCCACAUUCCCACAUCGCAGUGCAGCGAUCCAUGUGCCCGGAAUGAGAUCAAGAACAUGCAGCCGGGAGAUGUAUGCUGCUGGAUCUGUGUGCCCUGUGACCCUUAUGCAUACCUGGAGGAUGAGUUCACAUGCAAGGACUGUGGGCCAGGCAGAUGGCCCAAUGAGGACCUCACAGGUUGCUAUGACUUACCAGAGGAGUAUAUCCGAUGGGGAGAUGUCUGGGCUGUAGGACCAAUCACCAUCUCGUGUGCUGGGAUUGUUACUACACUGAUGGUGGCCACUAUCUUUGUAAAGCACAACAACACACCUCUUAUCAAAGCCUCAGGGCGUGAGCUCUGCUACAUUUUGUUGUUCGGGGUCUUCUUUUCCUACUGCAUGACCUUUUUCUUCAUCGCGAAACCCUCACCUGCGAUAUGCACCUUGCGCCGAAUGGGACUUGGCACAUCAUUUGCCGUGUGCUACGCAGCACUGCUUACCAAGACCAACCGCAUUGCCAGGAUAUUUAAUGGUGUGAGGGAAGGGGCUCAGAGACCCAGGUUCAUCAGUCCUAGUUCCCAAGUCUUCAUCUGUCUGAGCCUCAUCUCCGUUCAGAUUAUCAUUGUGUCAGUCUGGCUCAUGCUGGAGGCUCCUGGUACAAGAAGAUACACUGUCCCUGAGAAAAGAGAGACAGUCAUUUUGAAAUGUAAUGUAAAAGACUCCAGUAUGCUAAUGUCUUUGACAUAUGAUGUGGUGCUGGUGACCCUAUGUACUGUUUAUGCCUUUAAGACUAGAAAAUGUCCAGAAAAUUUCAAUGAAGCAAAAUUUAUUGGAUUUACCAUGUACACAACAUGUAUCAUCUGGCUUGCCUUUCUGCCUAUAUUUUACGUGACUUCCAGUGAUUAUAGG